AUGAGUUUCAAAGGCUUUUCCAAGAGCAUGGUCCGAGCACCGCAAACAUUCAAGGCCAAGUUUAAUAUCGGCGAGCACACGAAAGAUGCUGUCUACAUGGAUGCGGAGCGCCGAUUCCAAGAACUCGAGACCGAGACCAAGAAGCUGCAUAUGGAGUCGCAGAAGUACUUCAACGCCAUCAAUGGCAUGCUGAACCACCAAAUCGGAUUUAGCAAGGCCAUUGCGGAAAUUUACAAGCCUAUCUCCGGCCGCAUGUCUGACCCGACUUCCAUGAAAAUCGAGGGAAACCCCGAGGGUAUCGAGGCUUGUGAGGAGUACGAGUCCAUUGUGAAGGAGCUGCAAGAAACGCUCGCACCGGAGCUGGAUAUGAUUGAAACUAGGGUUAUCAGGCCAGCUACCGAGCUGCUCGACAUCAUCAAAGUCAUCCGAAAGACGGCCCAGAAGCGCGAUCACAAGCAGCUCGACUACGAUCGUCAUCGCGCAACCCUCAAGAAGCUACAAGACAAGAAGGAGCGCUCUGCAAAGGACGAGAAGGCCAUGUGGAAGGCCGAGGGAGAUGUCGAACAAGCCACGCAAGACUUUGAGUACUUCAACUCUCUCCUGAAAGAUGAACUGCCCAAGCUGUUCCACUUGGAGGCCGAAUUUAUCCAGCCGCUGUUCCAGUCCUUCUACUACAUGCAGCUCAAUAUUUUCUACACCCUCCACGAGCGAAUGCAGCGAUGCGAUAUUGGAUACUUUGACUUGACUAAGGACAUUGAGGAAGCUUUCCAUGAGAAGCGCGGCGACAUUCAAGAACAAGUGGAGGCGCUCUCGAUUGUUCGAUUCAAAACGACUGGUCAGCGACGUCCACCCAAGUACCAACCCAGGCCGGCUCUGGAAGGAGGCAAGCAGCCAGCACUUCUUACAUACGGCAACGAUGCCUCUAGCCCAGCCUCUAAGCCCAGCCCAAGACUUGGAGGCUAUCAGCGGCCGACUUCCACGGCAUCCGAAAAGGCGUCGGCUCCGCCUCCGUACAGCCCUGGAAAUUCGAACAUGUCCAUGGUCGCGGCGGCCAAAUCAAAGCCCCCUCCACCGAAGCCGAAGCCCAGCCACCUGGCGGGCGCAAAGCAGGCUGAAAUGGUCACUGCACUAUACGAUUUCGCUGCGCAGGCAGAUGGCGAUCUUAGCUUCUCAGCUGGCGAUGUCAUCGAAAUUGUGACAAGAACACAAAACGAGAACGAGUGGUGGACGGGCAAAUUGCGCGGCAAGCAGGGCCAAUUUCCCGGAAACUAUGUUCAGGCAUCAUGA